AUGAAAACAAUUUACCUUGCAACAUUCAUACUUAUUGCAUUUAUAAAUAUUGCUUAUUCAUAUUGGAUUCCACGUAAUACGAAUGUCAAUGCGUGCGAUAAUAUUAUUAACUAUGUUACUUAUUCAGAUGAGAAGUUUGUUAACUAUUCUGAUGUAAAGGCUUGUUAUGAGUCGAUUCCAUAUAAUAAAACAAAGGCAACACAGAUAAUAGAAGCUGUGAAAGAAAAUUUUGAAGCAUUUUAUGUAUUAUUAGAGCAAUCAAAAGAAGAUCCAAAUCCAGGAUUUGCUUUUCGGUCUAUGGAUAUAAUACCUGAAUUAGAUUUGUUAUUGAAGAAUAAUUAUUUAUACGAAUAUCAGUUCAUAUAUGAUCUUGCAAAUCUUAUCGGAGAAUUAAGAGAUAGACAUACCUGGCUUACAUCUACUGAUUAUCAUCAAUACAUGUUUCAUCAGGGAUUAUCUUUGUAUUCCCAAAUUAAAGUUUUUAAUGACAUAAAAGAUUCUAGUACCAUUGAUUGUCAGGUUGUAUAUAUAGACGACAAACCAGCGAUUGAUGUGAUUACUGAGUUUGCCAGUAAUAACACAGCAUGGUCAAGAGAUUUGAGUGUCCGAUUUAAUUCAGCUCUCGCAUCUUUAUAUUUUGGGUAUGGUGAUUUUGGAAUAUAUGGCCAAUUAUUUACACGUAGAAGUCAAUUACCAAAAAAUUCAAGUAUUUCUUAUACACUUAAUUGUAAUGAUAAAAUCACUAAAAUUAUUCGAGAAUGGCAAAUUCAUAUUAAAACUCUUCCGCAAUAUAAAUCUCCAUACAUUAAUGGCACUACAGUUGGUGAUGCAAAGUUAAUUUUUGAUGCAUUCAUUGCCAGGUUUUAUACAUUACAAGACUUUGGUGUGGUCUUGAUUUUAACUGAAGAAGUGGACGAUGAUGAGGACGAUAAUGUUCUUGAAUAUCAUUAUAUAACUGAUAUAAUUUUUGGAUUAAAAUUACUUGCUGAUAAAGGUAUAAAAAAGAUUGUUUUGGAUCUAAGUAACAAUGGUGGCGGCAACAUUGUUGUUGCACACAUUAUAAAUAAGAUUCUAUUUCCUAACAUUCAAAACUUUCCAGUAGAUAUGAAAGUCAAUAAUAUUUCUAUCCAAUUAAUAGAAGGAGUUUCAAUGAACAAAAGCGAAAUUGGAGAUAUAUUUCAUUAUAAGUCAUAUAUUUCUACAAAGACAAAUUCCUCAUUUAAUAGUAUUAAUGACUUUAUUGGAAAUAAUUCAUAUACACGUGGAGGUAUUCAGCUUAAAUACACCUCAAAAGCAUUUUCUAAUGAUACAACAUCGACUUUUGGAAGUUUAACACUUCCAACACCCCCAAAAUUCCCUUGGAACGAGAAAGAUUUUAUAAUUUUGACAAAUGGACAGUGUAUCUCAUCAUGUGCAAUUUUAAGUCAACGAUUAGCUGAAAUUAAUGUUUCUACCGUAUCUGUUGGAGGGUUUCCAAACAGGCGAUUUUCUUUCGCAUCAACAUCUGGCGGAGCUCAAUUGACUACUAAUUCAUUUCAAAGUUAUUUUAAACUGCUUAAAAAUAUUGAUAACUCUUUAAUCUCCAAAUUGACUCUUCCUCAAAACUUAACUUUAAGUUUUACUGCAUUUGAAGCUUAUAGUGUUAAUCAUCCUAAUGAAGUUUUGGAUUUUUCUUUUAGACCUGCCGAUUAUCAAUUAUAUUAUGAUGAACGGAGUGCUAGAGAUCCAAGCAAAUUAUGGAUACAGGCUGUGGAAUUUAUUAGAUAA